CACACACCCCUCCGGUGCUCUUGGGUGUUUGGUUUCCAGCGUUUUGGACCCAAGGAAGUUCAUCUAGGACUCUCCAGUUGGCUGUUCUGCCUCUUCUCCUGCUGCGCCUUUAUAGUAAAGGAAGGUUCUGAAAGGCGUUCAGGUCAAGAACCAAGAGUAUAUAACUAUGGAGAAUAAAGCAAAUCAUUCUGUACCCGUAGUAGUAGCUCCUGGAUAUCCUGGACCACAGGCACAGUAUGGAUAUCCCCAAUACGCUGCUGGAGUGGCUCCGUACCCUGGUCCACAAGCUUUCCCUGGUGCUCCUGCACAGCCCCCGUAUGCAUUUCCUACAGCUUAUGGAGCUCCAUCAACCUAUAGCCAACCUGCUCCCCACGCUGUUUGGAUGCCAGAACCACCAUCUCUUCCAAAUUGCCCUCCUGGAUUGGAAUAUUUAAGUCAGAUUGAUCAGAUAUUAAUCCACCAGCAAAUUGAACUUCUGGAAAUUAUUACUGGCUUUGAGACUGCCAACAAAUAUGAAAUUAAAAAUGCUAUGGGACAAAGGGUGUAUUUUGCAGCUGAAGAAAAUGACUGUUGCACUUUGAACUGCUGUGGACCAUCACGACCAUUUACGAUGAAAAUUAUGGACAAUAUGGGCCGGGAAGUCAUAAACCUCAUGCGACCUCUGCGGUGUUCCAGUUGCUGCUUUCCUUGCUGUUUACAAGAGAUCGAAGUUCAUGCUCCCUUAGGCACACCAGUUGGGUAUGUUAAACAGACCUGGGAUCCUUGUUUGCCAAAAUUUGUAAUCCAGAAUGAAGCCCGAGAAGAUGUACUCAAAAUUGUUGGGCCCUGUGUAGUCUGCAGCUGUUGUUCAGAUAUUGAUUUUGAGGUGUUAUCUUUAGAUGAAAACAAUGUUGGAAAAAUUUCCAAGCAGUGGACUGGUUUUGUCAAGGAGGCUUUUACAGAUGCUGACAACUUUGGAAUCCAGUUCCCAAUGAAUCUUGAUGUAAAAAUGAAAGCUGUUAUGCUUGGAGCUUGCUUCCUUAUAGAUUUCAUGUUUUUUGAACAUUCAGGACAAAAUCGGCAACAACGUGCUGGGGUCUGGUAACAGAGCAUAAUCUUCAUUGUAGGAACUUCCAGUGAAGCAGUUUCAUCAUUUUUAUUUUCAAUGGAUGUCUCUUAUAAGAGAUUUUGAUUAAACAUUCUUUUUCUUUUGCCUUCAACAUCAUAGGGUUUCAAAUUACUUCCAAAUUAUGAAGGCUAUUUUAGAAUUAAUAGUUCAUUGAAGUGAUUAUAUUUUUAUAUUAAAAGUGAAAUCUUACUCCUGUGUCCUCAACAUUUUUUCAAAUAGCGCUAGUGUUAAAUUUUGUAUUGUAACUUGAAGUAGUAAUCAAAUUUAUAUUUUGUACAUAGUGAAUAUA